GCUGGCUGCUAUUGGUCAACUCACGUGACGUCUUUUUGUUUUGAUUGGACCGCCGGGUCGAAUUUGAGUAGGCGUGGUUAGAAGGGGACGAAGGUUAUAUGAAGGGGUGUCGGUGGCCCGUAGAGGCUUAUGCCGGGAAGCGCAAGUGAAAGAAGGCGGCCUGGGUGUCAGGAGAGCGGGGGAGCUAGGAGGAGGGCACCGCGAACGGAAGGCGAAAGCUGGCGCUCGUAAACAAGGGUUAGGCCUAAGGCCUCCGAGCUGUACGAUCAACGUCACAUCCUUGUCACCGCGUACAGAUACCCAGGCCUGUCUGUUACCGGGAGUCACAAUAGAACACCGAUCAGUCGUUCCGGUAUACCGCUUAUCUUCCCUGCUCCAGAAAGUAACACAUAGAGAGGCAUGAAUUCAAACGUUGAAAACCUACCCCCACAUGUGAUUCGCCAGGUAUACAAGGAGGUUUCUACUUUGACAUCUGAUCCUCCAGAAGGAAUAAAGAUCAUUCCAAAUGAAGAAGACAUAACCGAUGUGCAAGUCAGCAUUGAAGGGCCAGAGGGGACCCCAUAUGCAGGAGGUAUUUUCCGAAUGAAGUUAAUAUUGGGUAAAGAUUUCCCAGCAGCACCUCCCAAAGGAUACUUUCUUACCAAAAUCUUUCAUCCGAAUGUUAGUUCCAAUGGAGAAAUCUGUGUCAAUGUUUUGAAAAAAGAUUGGAAGGCUGAGUUGGGCAUAAGGCAUGUCUUACUGACAAUAAAGUGUUUGUUGAUUCACCCAAACCCAGAGUCGGCACUGAACGAAGAGGCUGGUCGUCUCUUACUGGAAAACUAUGAAGAGUACGCAUCCCGUGCAAGACUCAUGACAGAAAUUCAUGCACACAGCUCAUCCUUAAGGGGCAAGGAUCCUACGGACCCCUGCUCCUCUGCAUCAGCCACAGGUACUCUUGGCGAUGGACCCAUGGCCAAGAAACAUGCUGGAGACCGAGACAAGAAACUUGCAGCGAAAAAGAAAACAGACAAAAAGAGAGCCUUGAGGCGACUUUAAGUUGGAAAAAAAAUAAACAUUACCCGAAGGGGCAGGGAAGUAUUCAGGUCAAAUUAUGUACGAGUGAACAUUAGACCAAGUGGGAGGGGCUGGUGAAGAAAGUUUUGGGGAGCAAUUACAUCCAUAUCCUUUCCCCAUUUUUUUGUUUUGUUUUUUAAAGCCUGCUUUUGUUAGUUUUUUUCCAAUCUAAGUUAUUUAAAUUAUAAAUCUAUUAAAAAUACUUUUUUUCAUAAAGCA